GUGACAGUCAACAAAUACGUUGUCAUUUUAAAAGUUUUUUGUUGUUUGUAAUAUUCAAAAUGAAUUAUGCUUUGUUUUACUACUUAAUUUAGUUAAAUGAUUUGUAAAUAAUCCUUAUAUUUAGAACUGAUAAGAAUAACUAUAUUGUACAAAUUGUAAAUACGUAGGUACUCAUUUGUUUGAAAUAGAUGUCAUGAUGACUACCGACGUUGAAGGUUUGAAAACAAAUGAAUUUUUACGACGACGAAAGUUAAGACUUCAACAGGUUAGGGAACAAUCAAAAGAUAUCGCCAAAAAGAUUAGACAACGUACUAAAACCGAAAAAUUGCAGAAUAUAACAGAUAUAGACAGGAAACGACAAAAAGAAUACUUUCAGCGUCAAGACAAAUUGGUUAAAAAAUUGGAACACUUGUAUGCAAAAGGAAUUAAGAGUGUUGGGACUAGUCAUAAAAAUGCUACUGAAGUUACAUUAUUAGAAUCACCAGAAAAAAUAGACUUGUCAAAACAACGAGGACGAGAGGCAGUAGCCGAGUUGAGAAGAAAAAAACAAGAGAAAUUGGAUGAACAACAGAAAUUACUAAGUAGGAAAGUACACGCAAGAGAAAUUGCCAAUGAGAUCAGUAGAGAGAAGUCGAAUGCUGUAGUUAAUAAGCUUUUAACAAAACCAUCCAUAAAUACUGAUGAGACUAAUAAAGAAACUAAUCCCUCUGUUACUGCUGAGCCUACUAUAGGAAAUGACACUGUUAAAGCCUCAAAAGAGGAUUUAACUCGAAUUGACAUGGGAACUCAAUGGGACUUUGAUGUAGUUCCAAAUGAGUGGGAACCAAAUAUACCUACAUUGUCUCUUCCUAGGGAUGACAGAGAUAGCACAAAGGAUUCAGUAAAUAAUAAUAUGGAAAAUAAAUCAGAUAAAAGCAAGAGACUGGACCUAUUUGCUCUUAGUGAGGAAAUGCCAUUGAGCUUACGUGGUGGUCUUGCAAAUAUACCAGAGGAAAGAGUAUCAGUUAAACCCUCAUUGACUCUAGUAUCUGAGUAUUUAAAAAACAGGGGGCUUAAUUUAAGAGACACAGAUUCAGGACCUUUGAAAAAACCAUCUAGUGACCUAAAUAGUAUAAAACAAACUAUAAUACGGACCAGGGCUUCUAAUACAGGAGCAAAAGGUAAAAUUACUGAAAAAACAGCAACUACAAGUAGCAUACCAAGUACACUAGCAAAAAAGAACUCUGUGACAGUGUAUAAUCAUUCAACUCGAGAUAUGCGAGACAUACCACGUGGUGAUGAUGAGUUAGUGGUCCCUACCUAUCAGACAGGAGAGGAUGCUUAUUCGCAAGCAGUGAAGGAAACUUCCAAUGAAGAUGAUAAAGUUAAGGAGCAUCAAAAGAGACUACAGGAUAUGAGAUCUAAAAUUGCUAUGACGAAACAAAAUGUAGAAAAGGAAUAUAAUGAUACAAUAUCAUUUUUGAACUCUUUGCCAAAGGACAAAGCCAGUCAGCCCAAUAAAGUCGCUUAUAUGGAUGGACGUAGACAACAAAUGUUAAACAAGUGUAAGCAACAGAAGUUACAACAUGAGUUUAAGAAAAUUGAAAAGGAAUGCAGGAAACAAAGUAACAUGGAUUCCAGUUCACAACCACCUGAAAGAGAAAAAAUCACAUCAAAAUCUCCAUCUGGGAGAGGUGAUAGUUUUGAAGAUAGAGAUUUCCAAUACUCUUGGAUGCCGGUGCCAGAAAGUGACGGAAACCUAGUCAUUCACACCAUACCUACAUCAGUGAAAGAGGGAAAGCCUGGGAAUACUGUUAAAUUUAGUAAAGUCGACAGCUAUCAUGAGUAUAGGUCACGACAUAAACAUACCCCCCCUACUAAGGACACUGUUGGACAAGAAAAACAAAAGAAGGUUCUGGAAACUGUCUUUAUUGAGAAUAACAGUGAUUCAACUGACUGCUCAUCAAUAUCUUCUGACACCAGUUCAAUUCAGAACUUGCGGCUGAACACAACUGACUCAAAAAAUAAAAAUGACACUGAUCCAACUUUGACAGACACGGAGAGAAUUGUUAUAUAUAAGAUUUUAAAAUCGAAGAAAAAGGAAAGGGCAAAAAAGAAAGAAAAAUUAAUAACUGACAUUGCCAAAUCUUUGAGUUCACUUAAUAAGAAUAUGAAUCUUAAGGCAACAAAGGAAGAUAAAGAUGAUGACAGUAAAGAAAAAACUACAUUAACAAGUAAAGAACCUGAAAAAGAAAAUUCAUUGGACCACUUGCAAGAAGGCGUCUACAAAACAACAAGUGAGAAAGGGGAUAAUAUGACGUCGUUAUAUUUUACGGACAACGCUCAAGGAACAACUCUGACAGAAGAUGGAGUCAGAAAAGGGCGACCGUGCCGCUGUGGGAAACAACUCACCACAGAUGAGCAUCGAGAUCAAGAAUCUGGUCUCCAAGAAGUUGGCGUUCAACAACAGUUUUCUUCUAAAUCUUCAAAUAUUUGUGCAGACUGUAAAUGUGGGUCUGUUACGAGUACGAAAUGUGUUGAUAAUCAAUCAACAAUACAGCCGUCAGCCGCUACAUCAAGCUCCUCUUUUAAAACGGCCGCUGUUGAUAAAACAACAGCUGCUCUGCCAGAUGGUGGAUUUAUUAAAUUAGUUGACGAUGAUGGUCAAGAAACUGGAAAAUUUUAUAUUGGUGCUACUGGUUUCCUUAAAGAUGAUGCGUAUGAAGUGAUCAUUCAGCUUAGAAAAAAAGAAUCAAUGAAAGAAGAUAACAUAAAAUCUGGUGCAAAAUUAACUGGUGAGAAAACGUUACUUCCUACACAAGACAUUCAACAAAAUGAUGAAAAUCUGAGAACUACUACAAGUGAUAUAAUAGGUGAUAAACAAAAAAUUGUCAAUGAUAAAUGUUCAGACAAUUUAAUUGACGUAAAUGCAACUACUACGUCAAAUGUAAAACUAAAGAAAGUACCAGAGAAUGAUCCUAAAAAUGAAGAAGUAAAUAAAAAAGAAUCACAAACACAGAUUGAAGACAGUAGUGAAGAACAUAUUAUAUCUCAAGUGUCUAGUGACCCACAUACUGAAAAAAAUUACUAUUCAAACAAAUAUUGUGAUAAAGGUGUGUAUACAUCUUUUCAAAUGUCUUAUACUGCACCCAGUCAUGUUUCUAAAUUAGAUUCUGAUCCGAAACCUGCGACUUCAGCCUGUACACAAACUACUUUUAGCUCUCCGAAUCCAAGACCAGUGUUUAUUCAUAUGAGUUCGUCUACAUCUACAGCAUACAUGAGUCCUCCAGAAAUGGUUUUACCUAAAUUUUUCGGACAUCAUAAAGAUAACAUGUAUGAUUCUGAGUCCCCUGAUGAGCCCAACAUAAGAAAAGAACAGGUUUAUAAUGAUGAAAGUAAGAGUUGUUGUAAACAUUGCACUCAUUCUAGAAAACAUAUGCGAAUGAAAGAUCAUUUUCACUGUGCGGCAAAAAGAAAAUGUUUUAAAAAUAAAUUACACACACCACCAAAUACUUUCCGCAGCUGUUCUCUCAGUGAAAAUAAAGAUGAUAUAUCUGACGAUAAACACUCACAUAUUAAAAAACACAAUUGUUACAAGUGUAAAACUCAGACCCAAUCUAAAACAUGUGCUAAGUCUGCUAAUCGUAAAAAUUUAAAACAUAUUGCCCCCAAUCUGCAAUCAUCUCAAAAUCUUGUGAUGCAUGUUAGUUCAACAGCAUCUUCAUACAAAAAUAUAAUAUCUAACCAUGCUUUAAAAAGAGACAGCAGAUCAAAUUUGAAUCCUAUCAUUAAAAACUAUGUCAAUAAACUAUUGACUCUUAAUAAAGAAGGCAUGAAAGCAAUUGAAGUAGUAAAUCAAGAGUGCAGUGCUGUUACUACGCCUGGAAGCUCUAUUAUUGAUAUGCCUCAUAAUGUAGAUGGACGUAAACCGUUGAUGGAAAACAAAAUAUCAUUGGAACAAAUAAAAAGUAGUCUAAUACAACAAAUUUUAAAUGAACAUGGUUCUCAAAUUGAAUCAAAAAAUAAAACUUCGAUCAAUACAAUAAACCAUAAUAUGAAAUACAAAAAGAAGGCAUGUUCUCGAAUUAGUAAGAAAAGAUCAGUGCAUAAAGUGAAAUCAUUAAAUAUAUCAAGAAAUUUGUUAAGAAAUAACAAAAAUCAACCAGAAGCUUCUGAUAAAUUAUAUAUACUAGGUUCACAAUCUAUACCCAACCGAAAAACACAUUUACAUAAAGAAUCAAAAGAUACUAAUUCAAUUAAAACACACAUUGAUAGCCAAAGUACACCGUCAUCUAAACAACUUAAAAAUACAAGUAAAGCAGAACAGAGAAAUGUUAUUUCAGAAAAAACUGACAUCGGUUUCAUUAAUUUAUCUAAAGUAAGAGACAAAGAUAAUGUACAGAAGGAUAAUAAGAUUAGUCAGAAAGGUGAAAAUAAUCUAUUUAUAGAUUCUUUUCCUAUUCCGUCUCCGAAAACUGUUACGUAUCCUGCAAAUUCAGAAAUUAUUGAGACACCAUAUCAAAGUCAAACACAACCUCCAAUGAAUAUUUCAACUCAAGCAAAUCGAGAUGUUGAUACCGAAACAAAUUUUAUGAAGUUAGCUGAAAAUAAACUUCAUAAUAUUGAAAAAAUUGCCGAUUUGACAGAAAAAUGCACUCAACGUUUGUCAAAUUUAGCCAAAGUAUUGGAGGAAGUUAGAAAAAAUAAAUCAACAGCUUAUAGUCAAGUAUCAUCAUCAGACUCUGCAUCAGAUUCAGACCAGAAAUUAAAUAAAAAGUGUAAUAUGGACAGUGAACCAUUUCAUAUGCAAACUUAUGAGCCAAUUGUCGAAAUUCAAAAUGAUUUGGAGAAUGAUACUCCCACUCGGAAUUUGUCAAGUAAUGAGGGAUCGGUUGCAGUAUCUGAUUCGACAAAAUUUAUUCCGUUUCUAAUAGAUAUUCCAAAGCCUGCAGCAUCGAAGUAUACUAUUACACCACCUGUGACAAAUUUAGACUUACCAAUUAUUGAAGAACAAAACAUAAAAACCAGGGGUCGUCCGCCACCCGCUUUGACCCGUAUUAAUUUGAAACACGGGCAAGAAUAUAUUACACCCCAUGAACUUUCGACAGUUGUAGAAGUAGACUCACCUAUGAGUGUUAAAUUCAAGAACUUAUCGUCACGUAAUAAUACGAAGUGUGAUGUCGAAAUUGUAGAAAGUAAUAAAGAAGCAUUGAAGAAUGAUGAUGAUGACAUGCAGGCUAAUGAAAAAACUUCUAACCCAGAUGUAUUACUUCAAACAGAUGAAAAUGCAUUCAAAUGUGCACAUAAACUAUCAUUUACUGAUACAUCCGAUGACUAUAAAAUUAAAAUGAUGGAUCUGAAACAAUUCAACGACAUAAUGUUGAAACCGUUUAUCAGUAUACACGAAUAUGCGAAACAAUACAAUAUUGGAUCAUUGGAUGAUGCUUCUAAUAUUGAUGAUAUUCCGAAAGAUGAAGGUUUAAAUGACGAGUUAAGUUCAAUGCACUCAGAUGGUAGUCUGCCAGAUGUAAUUGCAGAAUUAUUAAAAAGGAAAAUUAUUUCAGAACCAUUUAGGUUUGAUUCUGGAUCUAAUGUAAAUUCUUCUACUGUGUCAUCAGAAUCAACAUCAGUUUUUGCAUUGUCUAAAAUGCGGAAGGAAAAAAAGAAAUCGAAAGUAGUAAUUCAAGACAAAGAAAACGUAGUGGAGACCUCCGAUACAUUGAGUUUUUCGUCCAAUCCCGAUUUGGAAAAUGCAUUUAAAAAGCUUGGUAUGGGUUGGGCGUCAUCUACUUUAAAAAAAACAAAAGAACGAUUGGCACUCUCUUCUUCAUCCAACACGUCUAGUUCGAGCUUAUCUCAAUUUAAAUUGAAAAGUUUUACCCACCAAGACAUUCCAGCUUUAGUAACAGAUUCAGUUUCAUCAAUAUUGAAUGUAUCAAAGAAACCAUUACAAGGUCAGCUAGCUAAAGAGAAGAAUAAAAAUGCUGGACAACAAACGUCAUUAACGCAAUCAAUGACUGUAAAAGAAUUUUUAGCAAACGAAUUGGCUAAUAAAAUAACAUUCACAAAUAAAUCUAUUAGAAAUGAAACAGAAGAGUUUGUUUCGUUGUUUGAGACAAAAAUGCCAGAAGAGUUAAAACAUUCAUCACAUAUGGUUCAUGAAGAACAUUCAGUAGACAGCGAACAUAACGGGAAUAGAGCUCGUACGUCAACUCCCGUCCAAAUUUUUAAAUCAAUGACAUACCACUCAAGCUCCAGUUCUAACUUGUCUAAUGGUUUAUUUAGCAAUGUUGAUGAUUUAUCGUCUGUGAAGGUAACAUCUAACUCGAUACGAAACCCUUCCACUUCUGAAAAAGAUGAUCUGACCAUUCCUAAUUGUAGUCUUAGGACAAAAAAAGAUUUAUCUGAUGCUAGUAAAAGCGACUAAUUAAUUAUAAAUUCAUUAAAAAUGGGUUUAAAAUUAUGCAUAUUUUAUAUGUUAAUUUAUUUAGACUUUAUAUAUUCAGGCCUUAAACAAAUUAUUACGAAAGAUAAUUGACGAUUUAUAUUGUUAGAGCUUUUAUUAGGUUUGUAUUAUGAUAAAUAAAUCAAUGUGCCUUAAA